AUGCGUUCCUCUUCGUUCUUCUAUCAUCUCCUGGCCUUUGUGCCUUCAUUGACUCUCGCCGACCCCACCACGGUUUUCGUCGAAUACUAUCCUUACGAGGUAGUCUGCAGUGGGAAGACAACUCUGUCUACCUCAUCUACGUACGUAAACACAUCUCUUCCAUACGUUGAAACCUUCUCUUACUCGGUCAACAGCACACGUAUUGUUCCUGGAUCUUCCUCUAGUCCUGGAGCAUACACUACCAACAUCGUGACCGCCAAUGUUACCGCUCCUGUCUUCAAGACUGGUAUGCCAACAUGCGCCACUUGCCCAACUCCUGUCACCGAAUUUGUCCCUACCGGCUUUGCCCGUUACGGAAUCUAUACAGUCACUCAGACUACAGACGUAAGCACACCGGUUUACAUCACUGGCACGCCCACCUGCGCCACAUGCUCAACUCCUGUCACUGAGCUGGUUCCCGCAUCCGUCUCAUCUUCUUCGAUACCUGGAACAUACACAACGACUCAGACUACCAACGUCACUACCCCUGUCUAUAUCACUGGAACACCAACCUGCGCAACCUGUUCGACUCCGGUCACCGAGUUGGUUCCUUCUUCCUCCACUCCGGGCACUUACACGACAACUGAGACGGCCAAUGUGACAUCUUCAACUUUCAUCACUGGCAAGCCGACCUGUGCUACUUGCUCCACUCCUGUCACUGAGUUGGUUCCCCCUACUUCUUCGGCACCUGGUGUGAUUUCGUCCAAGUCUUCUUCUUCCUCUUCCAGCCCCAGCUCCUCACCCUCGAGUAGCUCCGCUACUCAAUCUUCAAGUAGUUCUAUGCCAUCAUCGUCGAGUAGCUCCACUUGGUCAUCUUCCUCGAGCAGCAGUCCCAAUUCAUCGUCGUCUAGUAGCUCGAGCCCAUCGCCUACUAGUAGCUCUACCUCCAGCUCGUCCAGUUCAUCAAGCAGCUCUAGCACGUCAUCUCAGACACCUGUUCCUAGCGGAGCUUGCUCAUUGUCGAAGUGUGGCUUGGGUCCAUUGACCGUUCAAGAGUACAAUAACACGUAUGUCCUUGCAAAUGCGUACGCAGCUAAGGAUGGUCACUCUGGUGUUGGACCCGACUACUAUCUUGACCAGAACCUAACUCUUCUCGCCACUGGAAGUACCUACAACAUGAGUGUUCCAGCAACCUACGGCUCGGGCAAUGAGACGUACGUUGAUGGUGGCAACGGAAAUGAGGUUCCGUACUGGGCCGAUACUAGAGCUACUUACGGAGGAUUCGAGUACAACCCCAACAAUUUCACGUUUGUGUACACCGGCUAUUUCGUGCCGCAGCAAUCUGGAAGUUAUCAGUUCUGUCUUGAUGGAGCAGAUAAUGAACAAGCAUUCUACAUAGGAAGCAACGCCGCCUUCCCUUGUGGCGAUUCUUCCAACGCAGCUACUCCCCGUGGCGCCGAACCUUAUGAGCGAUACUGGUUUGCCAGCAGCGAAUAUGGUACUGCCGACUGCAGGAACAUGACUUUGACUGCUGGAUUCUACUACCCUAUUCGUGUUGUUUACGGUAACGAUGGAUUGCCAGCAUCGUCUCAGUUCCAAGUCAGUGGACCCGGUCUCGGCACAAACAUGAUUGAUCUGAGUGGUUACGUUGCACCUCCCUCUUGCACUUGA